AUGACAUUGCAGACAAACUCUGAAAUCAAUUUAACCCAACAGUUGCUUGAAAAAGUUCUUUCUGACGGCGAUUUUGUUGAAACAUCGAAUCUUUUUAGUAAAGAAACGUUUUCUGACCAUACUUUCCAGAGUCCAGAUUAUGGAACAGACAAUUUUUUUUCUGAAGAUCAUGACAAUCUUUUAACGCAGUUAGAAAAAAACAAAAUGCCCGACUUUAUUUUUAAAGAAGGCCUAAAAUUUAUUGCUGGAUAUGUAGCUUAUAGAUUUAAAAACGAAUAUUCAAAUUUAAAAUUGAGUGCACCGAAAACAUUUUGUCAAACAACUCAUACCCCCGAUUGGAUCGAGUUUAUAUCUGGAGGCAACCUUAUAUACCCAAGUGAAGAAAUUAAAACAUCGAGAUCUGUUAUGUUUGCCAUCAGCGGAUCUGGUGAAAUGGGCAAGAAAAGGCAGCCAAAUUUUCGAAGAAAAUAUAACGACACCGAAUCAGAGGGAGUAGCAAGAAAUUCACCAAAUGUAAAAAGCGACGGAGAAAAACCAGGUGUGGAAGAUUUUGAGGAAGACAUAAAUUUAUUCGAAGAAUCUGAGGAAGACGACGAAAAUUUACCACUGAUCAAUAAAAAUUUCUCAAAAGAUUUGAAAUCUGUGGAGUAUGAAGAAGUGAAGUGGGAGGAUUUGCAGGAAGACACAUUUAUCCUAGCAAAAUUCUCUGGAAUAGGCAAGCGCUCCAAUAAUAAAUAUAAAUAUGUUUGCGUAGUUCAAAAGAAGGAUGAAGAUGAUGGUGAAAUUGCCAUUAUAGGGCUCAAGUCAUUAGACGAAACCUGUUCUGACUUCUACAUCAACGAGAUGAUUGUAUCUUAUAUUACAAUUGAUAAUGUGACUGCUAUUCUUCCUAAACCCGUUACAAAAUUUGUGGGACGUAAAAUGAUUUACUCGUUUCCUGGUAAAGUAGACAUUUUCGAAAAAUCUUAG